ACAAGUUCUGGAGAUACAAAUGAGUGCUCAAGAAUUAGACGCAUAUCGCCUACAGUGUUCCCAAUGCUUACUCUGCUGAUCACCGAACCCUUCUUCUAGCAAUAUAUGGUCCCACUCGAGCCAAGUAUUGCGAUGUCUUUGAACAGUGUUGCUCAGGAUCCCGCAAUCAUAUCCAAUUAUACCUCUUCCUGAGACGGCAGUUGAAUGCAUUUACCACAAUAUUGAAGAAGCUUGGCUGAAAAUCAACAUGGCAUCUACUAGUCCAUUCUACGACCUCCAGAGCACGGUCGCAUUGGUGAAAACCCUGACGAAUGCGCAGUUGAAGGACAUCUUGAGGAAUGAGGGGCUUGCGGUUUCUGGAGUGAAGGCGUCGUUGCAGAUCCGGAUCCUAGAUUAUAUUGAUAGACUCAGAGAAGGAGGUCAUAUUGAGAAGUACGAUAGCAUGAGGAAGUUCAUAUAUCAUACAGCACACCGGUCGAUACCAUCGCCUACACUGCCUCAGCAAUCGUCCAACCAGCAAUAUCAGCAGCCUUCAGUUAGUCAGUCUCUGCCCACGCAGCAUAGACCAUCACCUUUAAGCAUGGCAGUGCCGUCGCAUGCUAUCACCCCAGUACGCGAGCACACUCGGGACAGCGUGGAGCUGAAAGUUGCUUUUACGCCUAGUAUGGCAUCCAAACUGCAGGCUGAUCCAAACCUUCGGGUGAUGGUGUUUUGUGCGGCAGACACGGGUCUCAAUCAAUAUACCAAGUCGGAUAUAGCAUUUCCUCAUCAAGUUGAACUCAAGACAAAUCUUGACGAAGUCAAAGCGAACCUGCGAGGUCUAAAGAACAAGCCUGGUACAACAAGACCGGCGGACAUUACCAAUUAUGUUCGCAAGAAAGCAGGGUAUCAAAACACUGUUGUCUUGACCUUUGCCCUCACCCAGAAAAGAUUUUUUGUUUUGGUCAACCUUGUUCAGAGACAUCCAGUUGACGAACUUGUUACCGAGCUCAAGAGAAGAAAAACUAUCUCAAAAGAACAAGUCCUGCGAGAAAUGAGGAGCAAGGCAGAGGAUACUGAAAUUGUCGCCACUUCAAGUGUUAUGUCACUCAAGUGCCCUUUGUCGCAUACUAGGAUUACGGUUCCCUGCCGCUCUAUAAUCUGCACCCAUAAUCAGUGCUUCGAUGCAUCAUCAUUCUUGCAACUACAGGAACAAGCCCCGCAGUGGUUGUGUCCUGUAUGUUCCAAAGCGACUAGUUUCGAGUCAUUGCAAAUAGACCAGUAUGUGGAUGAUAUCCUCCGUCGGACCCCGUCGGACACUGAACAGGUGAUCAUUGAGCCAGAUGGGAAAUGGUCUCAUCCUAAUCUCGAGGACAUUGAGAAAGCCGGGAAAGCUACAUCAGCAACAGAAGAUGAUGAUCUGAUAGAGAUCAAGGAACCGGGGAUAUCACCCAUCAAACAAGAGAGUUUCUCUGCUGUUAAUUUGACCCUGCAGCAGACUCCACUCAAGUCACGCGAACCCUCUGCAACCUCGUCUGCAGUUCCACCGUCUAUGAACAAGCGUCCUGCAGCCCAGGUGAUUGACCUUACUGGCAGCGAUGAUGACGAUGAUGGCGAUGAUCUACCUGUCAGACCGACCAAACGGCCUGCGGUGGGUGAAAUGGGAAGGAGUUCACUUCGCCCAGAAUAUCACGACUCAGAAAUUCAUUCGCCUACCUCUUUCUCCGAAUUGUCUCCUUUCACCCCUUCCUUUUCUUUCCCUAAACGAAGCCGUCCACUAGGUACUAUGUCAGUGGAAUCGCCCGCCCUCCUUGCCAACCAUGCCUCCGAAUCGCAUUUGCGCCUUCUCGGCGCCUCGUGCCUGGACUUCCUCUUAAUUGAGCUCGUCCCUAUGGCCGAGCGCUUAACAAGAGAGCUCACCCCGAAUGAGAUUAUACCGGAUGAUGAAGGAAUUAGGGAAACAACUUUUUUCCGGCUCGAGUCUCUUGGUUACAGAGUAGGGCAGGGCCUUGCUGAACGCUUUGCUCGAGACCGUCCACGUUUUGUGGAUAACUUGGAUGUGAUCAAGUUUCUUUGCAAAGACAUUUGGACGAUUCUCUUCAAGAAACAAGUCGAUAACCUGAAAACCAAUCAUCGGGGUGUAUAUGUCUUAACAGACAAUUCAUUCCGGCCGUUCGCUAGGAUGAGCACAUCUGUCCGAAGUGAAUCGGUGUCCAUGGCUCAAGCGGUACAGUCAUGCGGCCAUCUACCUAUGAAGUGUAUACUGAUUUUAUGUGGCAUUCGGCAGUAUCUAUGGUUCCCGUGCGGUGUCAUACGCGGUGCGCUCUCCAACCUGGGCAUUUCGACCACUGUCCAAGCAGAGACUGCUGAGCUUCCAGGGGCCACGUUUCAAAUCAAAACAGUCAAUCCG